AUGAGCUCCCCCGAUGAGGUGUCUGUGUGGGGAACGGGUUUCGGCCCAGAGGGCGGGGAGCGGGCCGGCGUCGGCCCGGCCGGCCCCGCAGUCCCGUGGGGACCCGACCCAGGCCCCGAGCCCGGGGAGCCGCGGAGCGGCGAGGGCGGGGGCGGCUUCCCGGACCCCGAGGGCUUCCAGUCGGAGCGGGCGAUGCUGGAAGCGGGAGGGCCGGUGCCGUGGGGCCCCGAAGGCCGACCUGGCUCCCCGGCUGACGACACGAGGGACCUCCUGGACGAGGAGUCUGCGGCGGCCAUCUUGCUGCAGCUGGCCGAGUGGGACGUGCUGGGCGUCCGCAGACACCCGUCCCUGGAGAGCUGCGCCGCCUUCGAAGUGUCCGCCGUGUGGGCCGGCCUCGAGGCGGGUCCCGGCGGUCGAGGAGCGCCCGCCCAGAGCUGUGGGGAAGCGCCGCCAGCUCCGGCCCGCCCUCUCCACCUCGGUGGGCCUGAAGCGGGCCGGGCCUGGGGGAACCCUGAGAGAGGCCCUAAGCGUAGGUUGAACGUGGCUGCGGAUCGCCAGCGGCUCCCCGAGGAAGGCCUGGCCUGGCUGCUGUCCGACCCCGAGUCCUCAGAUGAGUUCAGUGAGACACAGCUGAUGACGGUGAGCACUUACCCCAGAGGAGGAGGCCAGGCCGAGCCCAGCAGACCCGAGGAUCCCGGGGACACUCCCAGACACUCGAAUUUCCAAGUCAGGGAGAAUUUCCUUCACGUGCCAGGCUCUUCCCUGUCCUCGGCUCCGCAAGGACUCACUUCGGUUGUGGAAACGCAGGACGUGGGAGAGCAGGGCAUCUCUUCCCCUAAGAAAAUGCGGAGCGUGCUCUGGGGGAAGGGGGGCAGCAGGUCCAGCUACCCGGGAGCUGCUGCUGCUGCUGCAGGUGGCCUGCCGCGGGUCACUCCUAGGGAGAAGGGGGCCCAGGAGAAGAAAUCCCUCAGGGGAGCCUCCAAACUUGCCCUGGGGACAACCUUCCCUUCCGGGGGAGAGCGAAUCUCGGCAACUGCCCUGGAACCGGCCACCUUGCCCCCAGUCUCUGGUAUUCUGCUGCUUGGGAGAUCCAAGAGGUAUACCUUGGUCCCUUUGGGAACCGAACAGUCCAAGCACACCGGCGCUGGGAAGAAAUCCGUGGCCAGGCGGGCAAGGGAGUCUGAGGCGGUGGCGGGAGAAGAUAAGGACCCAAAUAGAGACCCAGCCGCAAAGGGCCUACUGCCAGCUUACAGGCCAGGCACAUCUUUUCCACGCAUGCAUCGUGGAAAAGCCAGCAGUGGCGACCUCAACACCAGAGGCCCCCAAGAUCCAGGAAACUCAGAGCCCUUGGCCCUGAACCCAGGAGAAGUCAUGCCCAGGGGGCCUGUCCCCUCAGGUGACCGGGAGCCACUUGACCAUCCCCCAAGACCGGAAAGGCAGCAGCAGCCACUGGGAACGCCGGGCUGUCCUUGGUGUCUCGUGCUACAGAGAGAAAUAGACGACCUUAAGGAGCAACUUGCCGCCAUGCAGUACCUGGCUGACAAGUUCCAGACCCUUUGAAGUUGAGCCCAGCGUCUUCCUGCAAGAGGAGCAGCUGGUACCUUUGGGGCCCGGGAGCUGUGGCCAAGCUCGUUCCCUCCUGUUCUGCCUCAGCUAGGGCUUCCUCUCCCCCUUGUUU